AUAAUGAUACCAGGCGGGCAUGGAUUGCAUCGUCACCGUCACAUGCGACGUAGACUGUAUUUACAGCUUCACCUUAGAGAUAGAGUAGCUGUGUUCGCGAAUCCAACUAUCUUCACAUGUCGAAAAGCUUAUCCGCGUCAGACCUCUGACUGAUAUUAACACGCAUGCAGAACUGAAUGUGGAUGUCUAUUUUCGAUGAGCCGGCAGAGAUUUCGAUCUGCAAAAUGGGUGGAUGCUCGAUCUCGAUUUCCCGUUUCGCCAAGGCAUUCUACUCCGAACCAAUCGCGGCCGGGCUACACCGAUGCUAGACUCGGCUACGGUCGGCCAAUCCGAGCCGCAUGGCUUCUCAACGUUUGCGCAUCCAUCUUGCCGCCAUUACAGCUCUCACCGUCAUUUCUCUUUGUUUAUGAUGUACUCGUCCUUUGCACUCGGUCCACUUUACCGUCUUCACUUCAAACAUCUAGGCCCUUAUCGCGAUUCCGUAAGCCCUUGAAAGUUCGCCCCACUUGGCUACCGCAACGAAAUGACGCGUUUCACAGGGCCACGUUGUUCCUGGAAAGUCUGAAUCAUUUUCAACGUUGAACCUAGAAGGAUGCUAGACCCGGUAAAGCCCCUUCAUUUUGAACCUUCUAGAACGCCUUAUCCUCCUUCCAUUUGACUACUAGUCAUUCAUCUUCUUGACAUGGUACCCUCAGACCAUUCAUUCCAUUCCUUUCUUCCUGACACAUGUGGAUCUGCGGUGGAUCGAAAUGGAGAAGUGCAUGGGUAG